CUAAAUUACCAAAACCACAACUCAAGGAAAGCCAUGCCAAUACAGGAUUAAUUGAAGAUCCCCAUGCUCUCUCUCUCUCAGUCUCUCUCUCUAUAUAUAUAUACUCCUCUAUCCGCUAUAUGCAAUAUAUCCAAUAUCCAUUAUCCAUUUCUUCUCUAAUAUUACAUUAAUAUUAGUAUCUCACUCACAAUCACAUUCUUCUAGGUGAAAGCCAAGAAUAAUGGACACAAGGACCACAGCAACCAUUCCACCCCAAAAUCUUGCCUCUGCCUAUGCAGUACCACAAAACCUUGGGGCAACACCAGCCGCGGCGGCCUCUGCCUACGCAGUACCACAAAACCUUGCCGCAACACCAGCCACUGCUGCCUCUGCCUAUGCGGUACCACAAAACCUUGCCGCAACACCAACCACUGCUGCCUCUGCCUAUGCAGUGCCACAAAACCUUGCCGCAACACCAACCGUGGCUGCCUCUGCCUCUAAUAACUCUGCGGCCUAUGCACCUCAUCAAACUGGCCUUAGUACUAUGACCCCAUCUCAUCAAACUGGGCUGAGUACUAUGCUCCCAUCUCAUCAUCCUCAUCAUCAGAUGCAGAACCGAGCUGCAGUUGGACUCAAUGGCCGCACUGCUCGCACGGCACUUGGACUGAACGGCCGUGGAACACGCACUCUGGGACUUGAUAGCCGUGCAGCCCGUGGUGGAACGUCUGAUGAAACUGAGCUGAGCAAAAGAAUCAUGGAGCUUCAUGUGUCUGAUGAGCGCGGUCUUGCAGUUAAGCCUGUUCUUAACGUCAUUGAUGUCAUUUUUCACCGGGCUACUGCUGACCUACCUGGAUACAAUCAUCAGGAUUCAGACACUGGUAGGGAUGAAAAGGCUGUCCUCUAUUCUGUUGCUAAUCUUCAAGACAUUGUCGAAAUCCCUUCCAGGAUUACCAGCGCAAUUUCAUGCGAGAUUCUAAGCAAGUGCUCAGCUGGGGUAGAUGUGCACACCAUUACAAUGGAAAUACUACAAUUAGUCAAGCACUACGGUUGGGACUCGAAGGUGUUGCUAGCCUUGGUCGCAUUUGCAGUCACUUUCGGCGAGUUUCGGCUGAUCCUCCAGCAAUUCCCAACUAACCCACUUGCCAAAGCGGUUGCUCUUCUCAAACAAUUGCCUGAACUCUUAGAGCAUUCUGGAGCUCUGAAGCCAAAAAUCGAAGCUCUCUACGAUCUCAUCAAGGAAAUUCUUGAUGUGACCAAGAAAAUUGUUGAGUUCUAUGAUCUCCCAAGGAACGAGUAUUUUACUGCUGACUCACCCGAAAUUCUAGCUGCUGCUUCUCAUAUCCCAACUGCUGUUUAUUGGACCAUUCGGAGUAUAAUCGUUUCUUCAACUCAAAUUUUGGCCCUUACCGGCAUGGGCAUCGAAUAUCUAACGGAGCCUUGGGAGCUAUCUUCAUUGGCUCAUAAGCUUAACAACAUAAAAGGGCAUGUUGUGGACAUUAUCCAACGUUGUCACAAGUUUGUUGAGAAGAAGAAGGAGGAUGAAGCAUAUGAGUAUCUUGUGCGUAUGUUCCAACUUACACACAUCGAUAACUCAAAGCCUCUAAGGGUUUUGUUCAAUGAAGAUCCGAAUGCACUCUACGAUGGCUUAAACAAGAAAAGGAUCAUUAUUGAGGAUUUGAAGAGAAAGGUGGUGGCUCUAUUCAUUACAGAACUAGAUCCUGAACUCAUUCAUUCCUCUGAAUUUGCAAUCUUACAACAAAUGUACGCGGAAAAGAAACACGGCAUGACAAGAUCCGAGAGUCAAUACGAAGUGGUUUGGGUUCCAAUCUCAAACGUGUGGAAUGAUGAGAAGUAUAGAGUGUUUGAUAGGCUAAAAGGGCAAAUGGAAUGGCACUCGAUUCACCACCCUUCAGCAGUGACCCCAGUGGCCCCAAGAUUCUUCAGAGAGAAGUGGGGCUUUGUCAAGAAGCCUAUGCUUGUGGUGAUCGACACUCAAGGCAGAGUUGUGCACCACAAUGCCAUUCAUAUGAUGUGUAUUUGGGGAAGCCUAGCUUAUCCUUUUACUGCCAACAAAGAAAAAUUGUUGUGGGAGGAUAAUGCCUGGACCAUGCCAUUGAUUAUUGAUGGCCUUGACCCCAAUGCUGCCGAAUGGAUCCAAGAACAAAAGCAUGUUUGCUUGUAUGGAGGAGAAGACAUUGACUGGAUCAGGAAAUUCACAAGGAUUGCUAAGGAUGUGGCCCGAGAAUCAGGGAUUCAAUUGGAGUUGCUUUACGUGGGGAAGAGCAAACCUCAUGAGAAAGCAACAAGGAACAUCAUUGAGAUUAUUCAGAAAGAGAACUUGAGCAGAACCUUGGACUGGAACCUCAUAUGGUACUUCUGGAUGCGAUUGGAGAGCAUGUGGCACUCCAAGGGGCAACUAACCACUGCUGAAACUGUCAAGCAUGACCGUGUGAUGCAAGGGAUCAUUGCCAUGCUGAGCUACGGGUCCAGCAGCCAAGGCUGGGCUGCCAUCAGCAGAGGUUUUGAGGGAAUGGUUAAGGGUAAUGGGGAGCACAUGUUCAGGGGUUUGACCGAGCAUGGACAGUGGAAGAUGAGGGAGACAGUGAUUGGUUUCGUGCCUGCUCUAGAUGAGUACCUUCAGAAGCUCCAUGUGGACGCACCACACCACUGCACCAGCCUUAUUUUGCCAGCCACUGGUGCAAUGCCUGACACCGUGGCUUGCUCUGAGUGCGGUCGUUUGAUGGAGAGGUACACCAUGUUCCGAUGCUGCCUUGACUAUUGACCAUUCUUGGUGAUCAUGUCUUCAUAUAUGAAUGAAAUCAAUAAAUAUAUAUGGCGGCGCUUCUUGUGAGACUAAAGGAGUGUCUCGUCAUCGAUCAUAAUAAUGAGUGUGUUAAUUUUAAUUUAUGAUAUCUUUUUCUUUUAUUAUUUUUAUAUAUUUUGGGAUAAAAAAAAAUUAUAUCUUAUAUUGCACUGUGUUGCUCGCUACAAUCAAGUUUGCUACUAUUUUGAUUAUCAAAUAAAUAAUAUUAUUUCUUGCUUCUCA